AUGCCGACGCUGAGCUCGGAGUUGCCGUUGACACAUCGAAACCCCGCUUCGAGGGAAGCCACGAAGCCUGGUCCUGAUGCCUGGGUGGCGAAAUUCCUGGCCCCAGAUUUGUUGGAGGUGAUGCUAUGGGAUGGACGAGAGAUGCCCGAGCCAGGCGAGAAGGUUUCGCUGCUCUUGGCACCCAUUGAGCUCUUGAGUUUCAAGCGCCGGAAACGUGGCGAAGCCGACCUGACCGAGACUUCGUUUUGGGGCUUGACCGGGACGCCCUGCUUGGACGGCUUUCUUCCCGUCGCGGAGCUGCUCCGGGCCUGCAGCGCGGUGGAUUUGAUGCCCUUCCGCCGGCAGCUGGAUGCCCACGCCCUGGCUCAACGUGCUUUGGAAUACAUGGUUCGCGCCAACGGCAACUUGGACGGCUUAGAGGUCCAUGAAGAGUUGGUAUCACUUUACCAGACCCCUGCAGAGCGUGCCAUCUACGUCCACUUGGCCAACCGCUCUCACUUCCGCUUGGACGGCCCCUCCGACUGCGAUGCGGAGACCGAAAGCGCGGCCCUGCUGCGGCGCCGCAAGGAUGCGUGCGAGACAUCGCGAGCCUGGCUACUGUUGGCGGCCCAAAAGAUGGAGAUGCACAUCCUACAGGCGCAACAGGCCGAGAUGUUACCCACCUUGGUGGCGGAGCAGUAUGCGCAAUUGCUUGCUGAAGUGGAUGGCGGCGUGCGAGCCGUGAGCUGCGAGCGGACGGUCUCGCAGGUGGAAGGCGCCAAAGCGGCGCGCUCCGCCGCCAGCAAAGGCCGCCGGAGGCACGAGCGCGAGGCCGAUGCCUUGAUCCUCCAGGCGAUCUUGGAGGUUCGAUCGGAGCCGCCAGCGUCUGCGGAGUCUGCGGAGGUGGUGGAGGUGGCUGCUGGCUUGGAGCUGCUGGAAGAAGUGAAACAGGCGUGCGCUUCUGGCCCUGGCGGCUUUGGCCGGGCCCAGGAGCUGAAAGAGAAGGUGGAGAAGACGCAGCUGCAGCUGCGCUUCAACGGCACCGAGGUGGAGAAACUUCCCAGUGGCUUCAUAGCAGGCUGGGGCCCCGAUGACUUGUACUAUCCGCCCUGGAUGGAGGGACGAUGGCGAGUGGUGCAAACUCUUGAAGGCUAUGCGGCGCCAAUGGGAAAGCAAUUCUUGGCCAACGGCCAAAGUGCAGUGGCUGAGAAGGUUCUAUCCGAACAGCAGAGCCAGUUGGGUAAGCCGGUCUCCUUUGAGCUCCGGAACAACAUCGUAGAAGACCGCGCCUUCAACACGAGAGCGAAGCUCAAUGCCUUUGCAGGGCGAGAAGUGGUGAAGAGCGUGGAGUAUGUGGACGUGCCCGACAACACACGUGAAAGCACCAUGCAGGGCGGCAAUGGUCCGCAGGAUCCAUUGCGCACAGUCAUCGUGAACUUCAAAGGUGCUGUCCAGAAGAUCUUCAUCACAGCCCUUCAGUUUGAAGAUGGCUCUGACGGCGAUGUUUGGAGAGGUCUCGCCAGCACACGUACUUUGUUUGCCGCACCUGGUGCUGGCUACAAUCCACUCACCGUGGAUGAAGAAGUGGUAACUGCGCUGCGGAAGACGGAUGCAGAGAUCAAAGGACGCCUACGGCUGCUGGGCUUUUUGAAUCCCAACGACCAAUUGUUCUUCAAAGCUGGAAAUCGUGCGGUGAGCAUCGCGGACUACAGCCUCAAGUUCGAGCCCAUCAAAGACUCUGAGUGA